AUGGCUUCGAAAAAGGACAUGCGGAGGUUGGACCUCGCUAUCCCCUAUGUCGACCCGCCCGCCAACAAGGAUGAUGCCGAUAUGUCUGGCGCAAUGACCAGCACCAUGCCCAUGGCCGCGAUGUUUACCCGUAACAGGAUGAUCGGGUGGGUCUCAUUCGUCUUUUCGCUUCAAAAUUGGCUCGGCGAAACACCCGAUCAGAAAAGCACGGCGUCUACUCCCGCGUAUAUGUCCGUUUUCAUGUCCUUGAUGGCAUUGGUUGUUGGCCCGUUUCGAGAAAAGGCCGAGUUUAUGUCCAUCGAAAACCUCAAGACCUUCGACCCCUUCGCCGAAGCUGACGAAGACACCGGCGAGACCAAGCAGUCUCAAAAUUAUAUCCAUAUACGGAUUCAGCAGCGCAAUGGUCGAAAAACCUUGACUACCGUUCAGGGUCUUCCUAAGAAGUUCGAUCAGAAGAAGAUCUUAAAGGUGAUCAAGAAGAAAUUCGCCUGCAAUGGCACCAUCGUCUCCGAUAGUGAGAUGGGCGAGGUGAUUCAGCUGCAAGGUGAUCAGCGUAAAGAUGUUCAGGAGUUCUUGACCGACAAGAAGGAGGGUCUCGAGCUGGAUGCCAAGACUAUCAAGGUCCACGGUUUCUAA